AUGGUUUCACCACAUUAUGAUGUUGUGGUGAUUGGAGCUGGAAUUGCUGGCUUGUCACAAUGUCGCCAUUUACUAUUAAAAAUACCUGGUCUAAGAGACAAGAGGGUUGCCAUUAUUGACCCAAGAUCAACCAUUAGAAACAAUCAAGCAGAAGAUUUUAAAGUUGGUGAAUCAACUGAAUUAGAAUUACAAGAUUAUUUAGUAGAGAAUCAACCACCAAAAUUUACAUUACAAUUUCAUUGGCCUAGAAAUAUUGAAAAGACAGAUAGUAUGGAUGAUUAUUAUUCAACGUGGGCCAUCAAGAAUCCAGAGAUCCAAUCAUUUCAAUUGAAUCGUUCAAAGAUUGAAAAAGAUCUAUUACAAAUGAUACUUGGUCAAGGUGCUAUAUAUUACCAUGGUAGAGUUAAAGAUGUCGAUAUUACAGAGGGUGAUAAUAUAAAGACCGUUGAUAUUCAAAUGUUGUCAGAUGAAGAUCGAUUCGAGGACCAAAAACAAUUGGAACGUAUUUCAAUUACCACAGACUAUAUUGUCGAUGCAAGUGGUAGAAAUUUCAUUAUUGGUAGUCGUACCGAUAAUAUCCUCAAAGGACCAGAGAAUUUGUUUGGACUUGCCAAUGGUAGUACUUGGGUGCGUGUCAAAGCAAUUGAUAAAAAAUAUUUUGACUUUAACAGUCAAGAUGUAACUGCUAGUUGGUACUAUGAUACAAACCAUUUCUUUGGUCCCGGGUAUUGGCUUUGGAUGAUUCCAAUUGAACGUGGUAGUCAUGAUUUUUCAAUUGGUGUUUCUUAUCAUAAAGAUAGAUUUAGUCCAACUCAAUUUAAUUCAUAUGAAAAAUUUAUGUCAUUUUUAGAAAAGAAUCAAAAGAUAUUAUAUAAUUUAAUCAAGAGUGGAGAGAUUAUAGAUUUUCAUAGAUGGCCAACAUUACCACACACGAGCAAGAGAUUUGUAUCGCCAGACAAUUGGUCGGUGAUUGGGGAUGCAGCGGCCAUUUUCGAUCCAUUCUACAGUACUGGCAUGACCAUGAUUGCCCAAGAGGUGGAGUGUGUGACAGAGAUUAUUCGUCACAAGUUGGCAGGUGAUGAGAAAGGUGUGGCUGAUCGUGUCGAUGCAUAUGACAAGUUGGUUCGUACCAUCACCCAAAUCAACAACCAUCUGAUCAAGAGUCACUCGAAACAUCUUGGUAAUGCAUCGGUGAUGAGUUGGCGUAUCUACAUGGAGAGCACCAAUUACUUUGGAACAGCACUUCCCGUUUACAUUGGAAAGUAUCAUCUCUGUCCAGUGUUUUGUCGUGACUUUGCUGCCAAUGUGCAUUUUCUCCUAGAGGGACGUGACCGUCUGCUGAAACUGAUGGAUUACAUGGUGGACAAUAACAUCAAUGCCGGGUUUAUGGAUAACCACCGUGGUGACAAUCAGUUGAGUGGCAGUUGGGCACCAGCCAUCUCGUGGGACUAUGACGGUGCAAUCAAAGAUUGCAAGUAUGGCUUCAAACGACUAAACAUUCACAAGUACAUUGUCAACACCAUGUGGUAUGAUCUUCGUAUAGUUACACUUCUAUACUACCGUGUGUACGGGCUCGCUGGUCUUGUUCAUCCCGACUAUCUCUGGUUGCUAUCGGUUCGUUCAAUUGCAAUGACCAAACAUUCAUUCCAAUCUCUCGUUCACCAAUACAACAAAUGGGGUGUCCCUGCCAAUGAAUACUAUCACAAAAUGGGUCUAGAUUUUAAAUCUUAUUCUUAUAAUGAUGAUAUCAUUCCUUGGAAUUAUGAUUAA